UGGGCGCGACGUCGGCGGCGGCGGCGGCGGCGGCGGCAGCUGCAAGUUGGGCUGCAGGGGCAGCGCAUACACUACAAUGGCUGCUGGAAAGAGGCGUAAGGAAACAAUUUCCAGGCCCGCCGCGUCCAGCCCGAAAUAUGAGAAAAAAAUUAUUAGAAAUUCCGCGGGCGGUGUAAAGGCGGCGGACGGGCCGGAGGGAGGAUGUUAAAGCCCCGCGGUUGCCUCUUGGUGCUGCUUUGGCCGUGUUUGGCACCCAGAAUGCUUCAUUCUAUCAUGGUCUAUUAAUAAGGUUACCUUGCUAGAGUUUGGAGCAGGGGCUCAGAUUGGCCAAAAUGGGAAGGACUGGAUUCCGCUCUCUUCCACGAAGAGUCAGUGGGACUGGCUAAGAUCAAGGUCUGAGGCUUUUUUCCAUCUGUCAUCAGCACCGAUAAUGAAUUGGAACUCUGACACAUGUUUUUACAACCUGAAACACCUUCAUAAUGAUGUAUCCUUGCACAGUCCCUUUUUGCUUUCUUUUACGACCACAUGAAACUUGAGAAGCCACCUAAAGCUAAAUCAUUUAGUGGAGUUGGGCAGUUCCCAAGUGUCCAACAAGAAGGCCUGGUUUAGGCUGCGAUGGCCACUGUCAUUCCUGGUGAUUUGUCAGAAGUAAGAGAUACCCAGAAAGUCCCUUCAGGGAAACGUAAGCGUGGUGAAACCAAACCAAGAAAAAACUUUCCUUGCCAACUGUGUGACAAGGCCUUUAACAGUGUUGAGAAAUUAAAGGUUCACUCCUACUCUCACACAGGAGAGAGGCCCUACAAGUGCAUACAACAAGACUGCACCAAGGCCUUUGUUUCUAAGUACAAAUUACAAAGGCACAUGGCUACUCAUUCUCCUGAGAAAACCCACAAGUGUAAUUAUUGUGAGAAAAUGUUUCACCGCAAAGAUCACCUGAAGAAUCACCUACAUACACAUGACCCUAACAAAGAGACAUUUAAGUGUGAAGAAUGUGGGAAGAACUACAACACCAAGCUUGGAUUCAAACGUCACUUGGCCUUGCAUGCUGCAACAAGUGGUGACCUCACUUGCAAGGUUUGUUUGCAGACUUUUGAAAGCACAGGAGUGCUGCUGGAGCACCUUAAAUCUCAUGCAGGCAAGUCAUCUGGCGGGAUUAAAGAAAAAAAGCACCAGUGCGAGCAUUGUGACCGCCGAUUCUACACCCGGAAAGAUGUCCGGAGACAUAUGGUGGUGCACACUGGAAGAAAGGACUUCCUCUGUCAGUAUUGUGCACAGAGAUUUGGCCGAAAGGAUCACCUGACUCGACAUAUGAAGAAGAGUCACAAUCAAGAACUUCUGAAGGUCAAAACAGAACCAGUGGACUUUCUGGAUCCAUUUACCUGUAAUGUUUCUGUGCCUAUAAAAGAUGAGCUCCUUCCGGUGAUGUCCUUACCUUCCAGUGAACUGUUAUCAAAGCCAUUCACAAACACUUUGCAGUUAAACCUCUAUAACACUCCAUUUCAGUCCAUGCAGAGCUCGGGAUCUGCCCACCAAAUGAUCACAACUUUACCUUUGGGAAUGACAUGCCCAAUAGAUAUGGAUGCUGUUCAUCCUUCUCACCACCUUUCCUUCAAAUACCCAUUCAGUUCUACCUCAUACGCAAUUUCUAUUCCUGAAAAAGAACAGCCAUUAAAGGGGGAAAUUGAGAGUUAUCUGAUGGAGCUACAAGGUGGCGUGCCCUCUUCAUCCCAGGAUUCUCAAGCAUCGUCAUCUAAACUAGGGUUAGAUUCUCAGAUUGGGUCCCUUGAUGAUGGUGCAGGGGACCUCUCCCUGUCAAAAAGCUCUAUUUCCAUCAGUGACCCCCUAAACACACCAGCAUUGGAUUUUUCUCAGUUGUUUAAUUUCAUACCAUUAAAUGGCCCUCCCUAUAAUCCGAUAUCAGUGGGGAGCCUUGGAAUGAGCUAUUCCCAAGAAGAAGCACAUUCUUCUAUGUCUCAGCUCCCCUCACAGACACAGGAUCUUCAGGAUCCUGCAAACACUAUAGGUCUUGGCUCUCUGCACUCUCUGUCAGCAGCUUUCACCAGUAGUUUAAGCACAAGCACCACCCUACCGCGUUUCCAUCAGGCUUUUCAGUAGGACGCCAGGACGUGGGUUUAUUACAGAAACGUAUGUGUAGCCCUGCCUUAGAUGACUCUUUUUAUUUUAGUGCCUACUUUUAGACAGUAUAAAAGUUUCUGCUUUUGUAUAGUACCAAUUUUUAUUAAGCCAGUAUAAAAUAGAAACUAGCUUUGGAACCAUUGGUGUCCAGUUAUGUUUACCUGGGUAUUUCAUCCUAAUUCACUGCCAAUUGUCAUAUUUUAAGGUUAUUUUUCAUAUAGGAAAGCCAUUAUUAGUAGUAAAGUCUUACAAAUCCCACAUUCAAAUUACUUUUUCAUCUUAGAAUUUUUGUUCCAUUACUAAUGGCUCCUCCUUUUGACAUUUGGCUCAUUAAAAAAUUUUGCAAGAGAAUGUAAAUUUUCUGAAAUGUAUAUGAAUAACCAAGAGUUUUUUUAAAUCUUUACUAGCUUCUAAAUGGAUUCAUAAAUCAAAUGUUUCAAAUGAAUUAAGAAUCCAGUUUGGGGAGAUAACUAGUAUUUCUUAGAUCUACAAUAAUUUCAGGUCAGUAUAUUUUGAAGACUUGCUAUUGUCUGGCUCAGAUAUUUGCUGUCUUUAUUGUUCACAUAUAAAGAAAACAAAACCUAAACACAAAGCACCAGUAUUUAUAGCAAAAAGAGAUUCCUAUCAAGGUGAUACCGCACUCCAUGUUACUUAAUAGUUGGCCUUAAAUUAGUACACAGGAUAUUUUGCCACGUUUUAAACUGCUUAAAUUGCUCUCUUUCCAUUUAAUACUAACGUAUAUGGCAUCGGAGUCUUCAAAGUCAGUAUAUAGACAGCUCUCUUUGAUAUUUUCCACCUUUCAAGGCCAAAGGGUGGGUCAAGUGCAGCCAGCAAUUUUAUUUUCAUUGUUAGUCCAGAACCUAGAACCAUUGUGGAACACAGGUAUUAGGUGUAUUUACCCCAGAGUGGACUGUCCCAGGUUAGAUGGUGUGAAAAACAUCCUAAACAGGAAGAUAGAUGCGAAGUAUACAGUUCAACUUGGGGACUUGUCUAGGGGUCAUGCCCCUGUUGCCAGAGUUGGAAACUAGACUGUUUAGGAGUAAAGCAAAAGCCUAUUGCUUAUAUCACUUGUAGCUAAAUUUGAUUACAUUUUCUUUCCCUUAAGAGCCAAAAGCAAAAACAACAGUUUUGCACUAGGGUAUCUUUCUUAUUCAGUGUUAAUUCAUCUUUCCUUGCUAUUUUCAGAUGGAGAAUUUAAAGUGAAAUGCAUUAGAAAACUAUUUGAAGAAUGAUCACAAAGUUUUAAGCAACUAAAAAUAUAUACAGUAAAACCCACUUUUACACAUCUCUGGGAAAUGCGGGGAAUGUUGUAAAUAAGUUGAAUUUUUAGAGGGAGAAAAAGUAAAGUAAAACAAGCACUAUCUUAGUUAAUGUGAAAGUAAUCAAAAAUAUUCUGUUCACUGAAUAAAAUCGUUAUGGGCUUUCCUCAUGUUAGACAACGACCAUAAUCUUCUGAAAGGUCAAAUUAUUAUAUUUUUCUAAUUGUCAGUAGGAACAUCAACUUUUAAAAACAUAUCUAUUAAGCACUUGUUAACACCUUAUUUG